AUGCUGCGCUCCUCAAUUGUGUCAAGCCAGGCUCGGCUCCUGUCUCUGGGCCGACAGCGCGCAGCGACACAAUUCCCUUCCGCAUCUUUUGCAAACAGCCCCGUUGUCCGUGGCCAGAGGUAUCUUGCACAGUCUAGAAAUCCUGCCCCGACCAGCGCAACGCCUGUUUCACCCGCGUCAGAGUCACCAGUACCUCCCGAGACCGUAUCCUCGACGGCGCCGUCUGCGUCCGGCCAGGGCCAGACGUCCCCCCCUUCAUCGAUACAGCCUCCCCAGAAACCCACGGAAGAUGCCGCAGAUGUUGCAGUCGAACCUCCUGCUCGCAAGCGGGGACGAUUCCGGAGAUUGCUAUUCUAUCUCGUCCUGACGUCCGGUUUUGCCUACGGCGGUGGUGUGUUUCUAGCUCUGAAGUCGGACAACUUCCACGACUUUUUCACAGAAUACGUGCCCUAUGGUGAAGAGAGCGUUCUCUACUUCGAAGAACGUGACUUUUACCGUCGUUUCCCCAAUGCUACCCGUCACUCGAACCGACUGCCUCCGUCUCACAAAGAGGAGUCGCAAAAAGUCACCAUUCCUAGCAACAGUGGACUCUCUUGGAAGGUUGCGAGCGAUGAAUCUAGCGGUAGCGAUGUGACUCAAAAGGGUCCUCACAACAGCGCACAAGCCGUGACCAAGGCAAAGGACGAAAAGAAAGCAGAGACUGCUAAGAAGCAGGAAGCCAAGGAAACGCCAAAGGAAGAGCCUAGAAAACCAGCUGUCUCCCCUGUCUCGACUCUCGAACUGGUCAAGGUUGAUGCCGCUGAGGAACCCGUCGUUCAGGAACUUGUCAAAGUUUUCAAUGAUAUAAUAACCGUCAUUAGUGCCGAUGGCGCUGCCAACAAGUACUCGGCGCCAAUUGCUAAGGCCCGAGCCGAGCUCGAAAGCAUUGGCCAGAAGAUAACCGCCCUGCGAAGCGACGCCCAGAUGGAAGCCAAGGAGGAAAUUGACAAGGCUCACGCUCUUUUCGAUGAAUCGGCUCAGAAGCUCAUGCGCCAGAUUGAAGAUGCACGCGCUGCUGAGGCAGCUCAGUUCCGUGAGGAGUUUGAAACUGAACGGGAGAAAUUGUCACGCGCAUACCAGAAAAAAACUAAGGUGGAACUUGUGAAAGCACAGGAAGUGGCGGAGCAACGCCUGAAGAACGAGCUUGUCGAGCAGGCUAUCGAAUUGAACCGCAAAUAUCUCAACGACGUGAAGGACUUGGUGGAACGGGAGCGUGAAGGUCGCUUGAGCAAGAUUGGCGAACUGACUGCUAGCGUCAACGAGCUCGAAAAACUCACCGCAGACUGGAGCGAUGUUAUUGACAGCAACCUGAAGACCCAACAACUUCAGGUUGCAAUCGACUCCGUUCGUACUGUGCUUGAGAAUGCCACCGUUUCCAAGCCGUUCGUCCGUGAGCUGGUCGCUGUGAAGGAGCUUGCUGCCGACGACCCUGUUGUGGCUGCUGCCAUCGCCUCGAUCAACCCUACGGCGUACCAACGCGGAAUCCCUACAACUUCACAGAUGAUUGAUCGCUUCCGCCGCGUGGCCAGCGAGGUUCGCAAAGCCAGCCACCUCUCUGAAGACGCAGGCAUCGCUCGCCAUGCCGCCAGCUUUGCUUUGAGCAAGGUCAAGUUCAAGAACGAUGAAUUAGCCGAUGGUGAUGACGUUGAAAGCGUUUUGCUGCGAACACAGAACAUGUUAGAGGAGGGAAGACUCGAUGAUGCUGCUCGUGAGAUGAAUGGUCUUGACGGCUGGGCGAAGAUUCUGAGCAAAGAUUGGCUUGCCGACGUGCGUCGUAUUCUCGAGGUGCAGCAGGCUUUGGAAGUGAUGGAAACGGAGGCUCGCCUACAGUGCCUGCGGGUUGAGUCUUGA